AUGCGCAACUUGAGAAACGUACGUCUCGCGGAGACGCAGCUGGAGGGCGAGCUUCCCCUCACAGCCACUGCAUGGGAUACUUCGUCUGACUCAGUGGUGUGCACCUUUGGCCCCGCUGAGAACAAUGCCAUCAUCGAGGUGCGGCGAAAGCGCCCCGAAAUUACCUCGACAGACCCUCUUAGUCCGGAGGCAUUUGAAUGCAUUGCAUCUUGGGAUGCCCCAUGCCCUCUGCCAGAUCUGGCAUGUGACCGUAUUCUAUCUCUGCAUUACUUUGCGGACAGCCUGACUGCUUGUUUGGUGCUGGAGGGAGGUGAUAUCGUGGUUGUCCGCGAAGAACCUCUUCCUGGUGAAGACAAGAUUGAAAUUGUCGGUUCCGUUGACGUGGGUAUCACAGCUGCUGCGUGGUCCCCAGACGAGGAGCUCCUUGCUCUCACCACCAGAGCCCAAACUUUCCUUUAUAUGACCAGAGAAUUCGAGAAUGUGGCCGAUAUUACCUUUGCCCCUAAAGACAUGCAAGCUUCACAGCAUGUCUCAGUGGGGUGGGGUAAGAAGGAGACACAGUUCCAAGGAAAGAGGGCCAAGGCUCUUCGAGACCCGACUGUGCCUGAGAAGAUCGACCAGGGAAUCCUGAGCCGCCACGACGACGGUUGCACCACUAUCACCUGGCGAGGAGAUGGAGCCUAUGUAGCCGUGAACAGCAUCGAGGCUGGUACUCGUCGCGCUAUCAGAGUAUACUCAAGAGAGGGGACUCUGGACAGUGUGAGCGAGCCAGUUGAUGGACUUGAAGGCGCCCUUAGCUGGCGGCCGUCAGGUAGUCUUAUUGCAGGAAUUCAACGAGUUGAUGACCGUAUCGAUGUGGUCUUUUUCGAACGCAACGGACUUCGCCAUGGCGAGUUUUCUCUCCGUAUCACGGAUGCAGAGACCAAGCCAUGGACUUCUCGCAUCCAUCUUGCUUGGAAUGUUGAUUCAACUGUUCUUGCUGUCAGGUUCGAAGACCGCAUUCAAUUUUGGACCACUGGAAAUUAUCACUGGUAUUUGAAGCAAGAGAUCCCGAUAGUUAUUGAUCCCUCUUGCUCGCUUCCAUUCUCUCUCGAAUGGCACUCAGAGAAGCCACUUCGAUUUGUUGCUGGCUCUUCGGGCUGUAUCCUUGAUGCAGACUAUGUGUUUGAUACCAGCCACGGAUCUACCUCUAUCCCAGAAGAUGUGGGCGCCGUUGCCGUCCUUGACGGCCGGAAUCUCAAGCUGACCCCAUUGCGAUUGGCUGGUGUUCCACCCCCAAUGGCGCAUAAUGAGCUAGCUUUGGACUCCAACGCUAUCGAUGUUGCGUUCAGUAAGUCUGGAACCCGCAUUGCUGUUCUAUUCAACGACAGUUUCGCAAUUUACAUUUGGUCUCUGAAGAGCCGGCCCGUUCCCGUCCCGAUACUUGAGUCGAGCUAUCCUCUACCGGAUGACGCUGCCAGUCGGCCCAGACAGAUCGCCUUUUUGAAUGACACUGAGGUCUUCGUUCUCCGAAGCACUGGACCAAAUGCUAGCUGCAUUGAGCGGACUAUCUUGGAACGUCGAACAACUGAAGCUGUUUACGAGGCUGCAGACUCAGAGCAAUUGUCUUCUAUCUUUGCUGGGAUUGGACAUGAAGCUCUAUGGCUCUCGCAUGCAUCUCAACCAGGCCGUCCUGUUGGCUACUCUAGCAUUGAAAUGUCACUAAAUAACCCCGAUAUUCUCCCUUGGGGUGACAGUCCUACUGUUGAUAGCCACUGGGCUCGUGCUGUCUCCAUCUCCGAUGAUGAGCGCAUAUUAAUUACCAUGUCACGCAGUGGUGGUUUGUAUGCAAACAAGCGCAUGCUUGCAAGGAACUGCACAUCUUUCCUCGUGACGCCAUCACACCUAUUGUUCACCACGUCUCAGCACCUGUUGAAGUUCGUUCAUCUCAACCACGUGGAUGAUAUGGAAAUCCCAGAAGACACACCCGAAAUUGAUGAGCGUUGCAGGAGUAUCGAACGUGGGUCUCGCUUGGUUUCUGUGAUGCCGUCGAUCUUUGCAGUUGUGCUUCAAGCCCCCCGUGGAAACAUUGAAACUAUCUUCCCUCGUGCUUUGGUGCUAGCUGGAAUUCGUACUUUCAUUGACCAAAAGAAAUACCGGUCUGCAUUUAUGGCAUGCCGAAGCCAGAUGGUCGAUCUAAACAUCCUUCACGAUUAUGCUCCUGAGCAAUUCUUGGCCAACAUCCCGCUUUUUAUUGAUCAAGUCAAGAAGAUUGAUUAUAUCGAUGACUUUUUGUCCCGCUUGCAGGAGGAGGAUGUUUCACAGACGCUCUAUAAAGAUACGCUGAAGAUUUCCAAGAACGAAUCUGCAGUUGUUGCCCAACCAGAUUCUCCAGCUCCUACAUUGCCAACAUCAGUCAAGAAGGGGAGCAAAAUCAACCAGAUCUGUGAUGCAUUCUUGGCUACUCUCCAAACACGCGUCGAUACCAACUUGCAGAACAUCAUUACAGCUCAUGUUUGCAAAUCACCGCCCGACCUAGAAGCCGGGCUGGGACUCGCUGCGGGACUGAGACUACAAAAUACCGAGCAGGCUGAAGAUGCCAUUGAGCACAUGUGUUUCUUGACAGACGCCCAUCGACUUUACUCUCACGCCCUGGGAAUUUAUGACCUUGAGCUUACUCUACUAGUUGCCCAACAGGCCCAGAUGGAUCCUCGCGAAUACCUUCCGUUCCUUCGUAAGCUGCAACAGCUUCCAGAGACUAGACGUCAAUUCGAGAUCGACAACCACCUCAGCCGCUUUGAAAAGGCUCUGAAGCACCUGUACGCCUUGAACGCUCAUGAUGAAAUUCGCGCCUAUGUCGUCAAGCAUGUCUUGUACAAAGAUGCCCUCGAGAUCUACAAGUAUCAAGCAGAACAACUACGUGAAAUCACCGAGCUGUAUGCCGAUCAUCUCCAAGAUCAAAGUCAAUACAAGGAUGCGGCAAUUGCUUAUGAGUCUCUGGGGCUCUACGAGAGUGCCUAUAAAUGCUACAACCUAGCCCACAAGUGGCGCGAGUCUUUAUACUGUGCCAUGAUGGCCUCACUUUCCUCCGAGGACCUGACCGCCCAUAUCGAAAACUUGGCUACAACUCUGAUCGACGAGAACAAAGACUACGUUUCAGCAGCCACAAUCUACUCUGAGCACCUGCGCGAUUAUGUCACAGCUGCACGCCUACUCUGCCGCGGCUCAAAGUUCGCCGACGCCGCUCGUCUCCUCACACUGAACGGCAAACAGGACCUGGUCACUGAUAUCGUCGACUCCGGUCUGGCAGAAGCGAUGGGCAACAUGACUGACCUGCUAGCUGACUGCAGAUCCCAACUCAAUGCCCAAGUCCCACGUCUCCGCGAACUCCGCCAGCUGCGCGCUGCCGACCCUCUCGCGUUCUUCGGUGGUGACCCCACAGGAGGCGAUGCAGGCGUUGACAUCCCUGACAACGUGUCUUUGGCUCCAACAGAUGCAUCGACUCUUGCUGGUCGCUCCAUGUUCACCCGAUACACUGGCAACACCGGAAAGACCGGCAAGACAGGCAUGACCCGCUACACCUCGAAGACGCGCAGACGUGAAGAGCGCAAGCGGGCCCGCGGUAAGAAGGGCACUGUAUACGAGGAGGAGUACCUGGUCAACAGUAUCCGACGACUUAUGGAACGGAUCAAUUCGAGCGUGACAGAGACCGAAACCCUUGUCGACGCGCUUCUGCGCCGUGGCAUGCGUGAGCGCGCAGCCGCUGUUGAAAAGGCUUUGCUGGAAGUUUCUACUAUGUGUGCAGACUGCCGAGACGAGGUAUUCGAGGUCCCUGUCGUGGAGAAGAAGAAAAAUGAGGAUGAGGAUGAAGAGGAGAACCCCGAUGAGCCUUCCAUGCCGCCUAUUUAUGGUGGUAGAGGCAACGGAGUCCUGGCUGAAAGUAUUGCUAUUGUGCAGGGUGGAGGUACCGCGCGUGUCAAGGAUAUCCCUAUCGUCAAGGAAAUGAAGAGGUCGUCUUUGCUGGCUUGA